GUGUCGCCGUCGAAACACUAAAUUUAUCAAUUAUGCCAAAUCUGGUCACACUGCAGUGCACAGUCUGGUAGCAUCGGGUUGAUCAUAAUUUAAGUAGAUUCAUGACUGUAGAGAUUUCUUAGACGUUUGCCUUCGAACAUGAUCGACCGCUUUCCUCACGAAUAAGACCAACGAGAAAGUUGGUUUGUCUUUCCUGAGGUUAAACAUCUAGUAAACCUGUUUAUCAUAUUUAAAGAAAAAAGAUGGAUAUUAGGCGAAGUACAGGAUUUUAUGAUUUAUGUAUAAACGUACCGGUGAAUGAGAAGCAGAAUUUAUAUCCCCUUUUGUUAAAAUUGCAUGAAUAUGGAUUUAAAACAAUAGCCAUAAAUACUAAUGUAGAUGAAAGUGUCCUUGGAAUGGACAAGAGAAAAAAGAAAAAAAACGACGGAGGAGAAUCGCCGCAGAGUAUUACUCCCGAAACAGUGGACAUAGAAGAUGUAAAAAGGGAUUUUCAUGGGAAACUAAAAAUUUUUAGUCGAAUUAGCUUCUUGUGCUCUGAUCCUGCAAAAACACACGUGUUGAAUCAUUGUACAAGCUUAAAAAAGUACGAUUUGUACGCGUUUGUACCGAAAACACAAAAUGCAUUACAAUUUGCGUGUACUCAAUUAAACGCAGAUAUAAUUACUUUGAAAUCGUCUCCUAUAACUUUUAAACUCAAUAAGAAGCUGUAUGAACAAGCUGUUGAAAGAGGAAUACAUUUUGAAAUUCAAUAUGCAGAUUUAUUAAAUGUAGAAUCUAGAAGACUUACAAUUCAUUAUGCACAUCUUUUUCACACCUAUGGAAAAAGCAAGAAUGUAAUAUUAUCCAGUGGUUCUAAUGAUAUCAGUACCAUUAGAAAUCCUUAUGAUUUAAUAAAUUUAUCAUGCUUACUUGGACUGAAUGAAAUUAAAGCAAAGGCAUCAAUAUUAUACCAAUCGAAAAAACUCCUUUUGAAAGCAGAAAGAAGAAGAAGAGGAAAAGCUGCUUUUAUUAUUGAAGAGGAAACAGAAGCAAGUAACAUUAUUGAGGACAAUCAAAAAUUUUCGAAAAGAUUGAAGUUGUAAAUAAAGUUUGUGGAAAACAAAAUUGUAU